CGUUCAAGACAGUGGGGUUUUGAGUGGCGUAUUGCUUACUCUGAUUUUCGUGAUAUUCAAGUUAAUUUUAUUUCGUGCAAAUUUUCGUUCAAUUUUCGCUGCAUUAUUACAAAGUAAUUUGAAGCACACAAAUCGUCAAAUAAUAUUCUUCCACCAGAGAUUGAGCUCACUUCACAUUCGUAAUUUGAAAGACCAACAAAACAAUCGCAAUGAGCCAAGUACAAAACGGGGACCAAAGUGAACCAAUUGAUUUAAGUGUCAAGAAAAUGAAGCGAAAUAACGAAGUGAAUAAUCCAUCCAAACGUGCUAGGAUUGUUGCAAACGAGCAGCAUCAAUCGGGUGAUAUUUUCAAACUGGUCAUCGAUUGCUUCGAAGAAGUGUUUGACUUUUUAUCACUGCAGGAUCUGGUGGCCAUGGGUCAAACAUGUAAACGAAUGCAACGAAUUGCUGGUCAUUGUUUUCAACAAAACUAUAGAGCCCAACCAGUUUUUUUUUGUGUUCAUACAUUUUUGAUGAUCGAUGAAGAUGCCAAUUUGGAAUGUUUUUAUUAUUUACUACAAAACAUAGAAGUUGAUAUUCAUAACAUUUUUGACGAAGAUGAGGACCUAUAUAUUAGUACGCAGAAUUUUAUAACUUCCUUGAAACAUUUACAAUCGAUAAAAAAAAUCACAAUUGGUAAUAUUUCCUUAACAAUGGCUCAAAUUGAUGAAAUGAGAUUAAUUCGCAGUAAAAUUGAAAGCGUCAAAUUUGAAAAAAACGAUUUUAAUGAAAAACUUUUUAAUGCUUUGCUUGCACCCGGUUCUAAUGUGAAACAUUUAUCACUGCGCGAAAGUUUUUCAAAUGAACAUCAAUGGAUGUAUGGAAUCUAUCCAAAAUUGGAAUACUUUGAAUUGACAUCAUGCGUUUACGAAGAAGUUCCCGCAUUAAAAACAUUCUUUGAGCUAAACACAACAAUUAAACAUUUUUCCAUUGAUAUGGGACUGUUGUGGUCAAACAGAGCAUUUUUCAUAAAUUCAAAUAUAAAAUUUGAUACCUUGCGGAUUAUUCAUCGUCGUGAUGUUGAAUUUGAUUCAUUUUGCCGUUUGCUCAAUGAAUUCCAUGAAUGUGGAUUUUAUAAAAAAUUGCGUUUUGGAUACAUGUAUGACAUUGAACAAGAAACUAUCAAUCAAUUGGCAUCAGUAAAAGGUUUAGUGAUGUUCGGUGUCGAUUUGAAAGGACACAAUAUCAAUAUAAGCUCAUUAAUAAACUUGGAAGAAUUGUGUGUCAGCGGAAGAUAUGAUAGUAAUUUCAUCAUGGAUUGUACGUCACUUCGAGAUAAGUUCUUGAAACUGAAACGCAUUGACUUUUACGGAGUCAGUUUUGACAAUCUCAUACCAUUUAUUUUCUUUGCAAAGAAUGUAAACAAAAUUAAUGUGCAAAACCUUCGAAGCGGAUCACAUUUCGAGGAAACUGAUGGAGUACUCGACUUAUUGACGUUGAAUAAAGAGCGUAAGAAAUUAUUUGCAGCACAAAAGAUCACGAUUUACGCGGAAGAACAUGUUUACUUGGCCACGAAAUGGGCAAUGAAACAGACGGACUUCAAAUUGAUCGAAAUGAAACGAAUCACAUCAUAUGAUUGGAGACAAGAUGGUUUUGAUCCUUAAUUAGGUUGAAAUAUUUUAUUCGAAAUUUAAUAUAAAAUUUAC